GGCGAGCCCCGGCCCGGCUUCCCCGAGGGCCGCACGCCGGUGGGACCCGCGGACCCCCAGGCGGCGGCGGCGGCGGUGGCGGGGCACGGAGCCGGGAGGAUGGACGAAACCGCGGAGCGCAGCCUCCCGGAGCCGGGCAGCCAGGACUCCCGGGCUGGCGACGACAUCGAGAUCGUCGUCAACGUGGGGGGCGUCCGGCAGGUGCUGUACGGAGACCUCCUCAGCCAGUACCCCGAGACGCGGCUGGCGGAGCUCAUGCACUGCCUCGCGGGGGGCUACGACACCAUCUUCUCCCUGUGCGACGACUACGACCCCGGCAAUCGCGAGUUCUACUUCGACCGCGACCCGGACGCGUUCAAGUGUGUCAUUGAGGUGUACUACUUCGGGGAGGUGCACAUGAAGAAGGGCAUCUGCCCCAUCUGCUUCAAGAACGAGAUGGACUUCUGGAAGGUGGACCUGCGGUUCCUGGACGACUGCUGCAAGAGCCACCUGAGCGAGAAGCGCGAGGAGCUGGAGGAGAUCGCGCGCCGCGUGCAGCUCAUCCUGGACGACCUGGGCGUGGACGCGGCGGAGGGCCGCUGGCGCCGCUGCCAGAAGUGCGUCUGGAAGUUCCUGGAGAAGCCCGAGUCCUCGUGCCCGGCGCGCGUGGUGGCCGUGCUGUCCUUCCUGCUCAUCCUCGUCUCGUCCGUGGUCAUGUGCAUGGGCACCAUCCCCGAGCUGCAAGUGCUGGACGCGGAGGGCAACCGCGUGGAGCACCCGACGCUGGAGAACGUGGAGACGGCGUGCAUCGGCUGGUUCACGCUGGAGUACCUGCUGCGCCUCUUCUCCUCGCCCAACAAGCUGCACUUCGUCCUGUCCUUCAUGAACAUCGUGGACGUGCUGGCCAUCCUGCCCUUCUACGUGAGCCUGACGCUCACGCACCUGGGCGCCCGCAUGAUGGAGCUGACCAACGUGCAGCAGGCGGUGCAGGCCCUGAGGAUCAUGCGCAUCGCGCGCAUCUUCAAGCUGGCGCGCCACUCCUCGGGCCUGCAGACCCUCACCUACGCCCUCAAGCGCAGCUUCAAAGAGCUGGGGCUGCUGCUCAUGUACCUGGCCGUGGGCAUCUUCGUCUUCUCCGCCCUGGGCUACACCAUGGAGCAGAGCCACCCCGAGACGCUGUUCAAGAGCAUCCCGCAGUCCUUCUGGUGGGCCAUCAUCACCAUGACGACAGUGGGCUACGGGGACAUCUACCCCAAGACCACCCUGGGCAAGCUCAACGCGGCCAUCAGCUUCCUGUGCGGGGUCAUCGCCAUCGCCCUCCCCAUCCACCCCAUCAUCAACAACUUCGUCAGGUACUACAACAAGCAGCGGGUCCUGGAGACGGCCGCCAAGCACGAGCUGGAGCUCAUGGAGCUCAACUCCGGCAGCGCCGGCGGCGGCGGCGAGGGCAAGGCGGGCGGCUCCCGCAGCGACCUGGACAACCCGCCGCCGCUGCCGCCGCCGCCGCUGGAGCCGGGGGCCGGGAAGGAGGGCGGCUGGAGCACGCUGAAGGUCUCCCACAGCGACACCUUCAUCCCCCUCCUGACCCAGGAGAAGCACCACAGGACCCGGCUGCAGAGCUGCAAGUGAUGAGGGCCGAGUGGGCGCGGGUGCGGGACGGUGUGACUGGCCCCUCAGGGACGGCCCGGAGGGGCUGCCCUUGGUCCCCCAACCCUGUCGUGAAUGAACGCCAAAGGCCCCC